GGGCUAGGCGCUGCCGCCCGGAGCCCGCAGCCCAGUGACACCGCGGCAGGGGCGAGCGCAGCCCCGACGCCCGGCACGAUGCUGCGCUCCCGGGAGGAGGAGUGGGACGAGAAGACCCAGCUGCGGGAGCUCAACUCCCGGCUGCGGCUCUACGUGUCCCGGGUGCGGGAGCUGGAGCAGGAGAACCGGCUGCUGGCCCAGGAGCUGGCCGCGCUGCAGCAGCAGGAGCCGGUCGGGCCGCGGGGCCCCCAGCAGGAGCUGGCCGAGCUGCGGAGGAGCGUGGCCGAGCUGAGCCGGGCCAAGCGGGAAGCGGAGCUGGAGCGGGCCGGGCUGCGGCAGGAGCUGGGGCAGCUGCAGCGCCUGGGCGCCGAGGUGCGGCAGCUGCGGCGCCGCCUGGCCCCCGAGCUGGCCGGGCAGCGGCAACGGCUGGCGCGGCUGUGGGGCGAGUGCGCCGCCCUGGAGGAGCUGCUGCAGGGGCUGCGGGCCGAGCGCGGGCAGCUGCUGGAGCGGGAGGCGGGCGAGGUGCGGGCGCUGCGGCGGGACCUGGCCGCGCUGCCGCCGCCGCCGCCGGCCGCGCUGAGCCUGGAGCCGCUGGAGGAGACCUACGAGCUGGUGCUGGGCCAGGCCUGCCGGGAGAGCCGGCUCCGCUACCAGAGCCAGCUCCGCGCGCUGCAGGAGCGGGACGCGCGGCGGGGCCGCGAGAGCCUGGAGCAGCUGCGGGCCGAGGGCGCGCGGGGCCGCCGGCAGCUGGACGAGCUGCGGCGCCAGGGCCGGCAGCUGGGCGGCCUGGGCCCGCGGCUGGAGGAGGAGCUGCGGGCGCUGCAGGAGCUGCACGGCGCCGAGGCGGGCGAGUACCAGAGGAUAAUUGACGCCCUAGAAGAAGAAAAGCAAUUCCUGACUUUGUCAAUCAUGGAUUAUCUCAAGGACUACAAUGAACUAAUGCAGGUGAAAGUGGGACUCAGCCUUGAAGUUGAAACUUACAGAACUUUACUAGAAGGGGAGAGCAGCCAAUGGAUUAUUACAUGGAUUGAUCAGCAGGGGAGAAAAAUACCACAAGGUGUCAGAAAUACAUCUUAUGACUACACUAAUAGUUACUCUGCAUACCGAGAAGAAAAUAAAAAGAAAAGCUUUCCGAUUAUCAAGAGUGCUGACACUAGACAUAAAACACCAGUAACAAAUAUUCGCAGCUCUGCACUUUAUUCAACUCAGACAAGGCGUGGUGGACCCUGGACAACAGAUAGUGGAAAAGUUUUAAGGAAAGAUAUUCUUAGUUCAGAAUAUCAUCCAUCAACCACUAUUGAAAAGGAUGCCAAUUAUGAAAGAACUAUGAAGGACCAUAGAGAGUUCAAAACCUUUACUCCAUCAUACGGUCUUUGGGGAGACACUGAAAUUCAUCGAAAAACAUUUCCUGAAAGAAAGAGAACAGAAGCUACAACUACUUCGGCAAUUUCUUUUUCGAAAGAAUUGACAAGUGUUCAAAGUUCAAACAAGGACCACAAAGUUGACACAAGGUCAGGUGUUUCUGAAAGUACAAGAACAAAACCAGAUAAUUUUACUAAAUUUCCAUCUUAUGAGCUGAAUUCCAAUUUUAAACAAACCAAAUAUGAACAAACCCUAGAUGACACUCGUACUAUAUUGAAAGAAAAAACAAAAGGAGACAAACCAGUUAAAGAGGGGGAAAAUGGCUUGUUAGGAGAAAAAGAUAAGCAACCAGUCAAUGAGGAAAGAAAUAUUGUCCUGGAGAAAAAGGAAAUGGAUGAUAAACCCACUACAGCAGAAAGAAGUGUUAAUUUUGGAAAGAAGACUGAGGUAAAACCAGAGCAGAAAACACAUAUAAUGGAAGAAGUGAUUAUUAAUGAUAACAAAAAGAUUUUUUCAGGAGUCAGGAGUAAGGAAGAUAGCACUGCCAAAGAGGGAAAAAAUGUUACAUGGGAAGAACAAACCAGAGUACAUAAAUCAGCCAGAGAGGGAGAAUUUUUUCUCCCUGAUGCAAAGAUUAAAGAAGAUGAAUUAACCAAAAGGAAUACAAAUGUGUUCUUGGAAUCAAGAAGCAAAGAAGCUGUUGAGAUACCCAUCAGUGUUGAAAUGUAUACUUCAGACAAAAUAUUGCAGAACAGUAACACAGAAAUAACAUUUCAAGGCUUUAAAACCUCUGUAGGAAGAGAGACAGAUGAACAUACAAUUGAACCUGUUGAAAUUCUCAAUGUGAAUGUUUCAGAAAAAGAACCCAAUUUGGAAGAUGAACAUGGAAUUAGUGACAAAGGUAGCCCUAGAAUGGGUACUUUGUCAACAGAAAACAUAGCAGAAACUAUUGUUGCUGAUAUUCUUAAAAGUUUUGUUCAAUCUUCUGGUUCAGAAACAACUCCACAUACAAAAGUAAACUAUCUUGAAAAGAAAAAACAGGAUGAUGAGAAAGAGACGACUGAGAUCACAGUGCAGUCUCAAGUUCAAGGAGAAAUAUCGAUUUCUGAUGAAGUUGAUCUAGGAAGUCUGUUAAACAAGGAUGGCAAAGUGGUUCUGGAAGAUACUAAGGGAAUUCCAUCCAAAGAUGUGAUAGAAGAUAUAAUAAAUGUUGGCCUGAAAGGAAGGGACAGUAUAGGCAAAGUGUCCGUUAAUGUUGAGAUUGUUGAGGAGCCACUAGAAUCUGCAACUGAUGAAAGGAGUGAAUUUUCAACACCAUUUGAAGUAGAGGAAGUAGAGGAUACAUCACCUGGUAUGGAGCAGCAUUAUGGCGAUGAGGGGGAGCAGAACAUCACAGCUACAGCUGAAGAUUUUAAAAAGAAAAAACAAUCCCGUGAGAUCCUCACCCACAUGGAAGAAGUAACCGAGGCAGACGACUCAAUUGAUGAACAAAAAUAUUUUGUAUCUACUCCAGAUGAUUAUGGAAAAGAUGACGACUCAGUGUAUGGGCAAAUUCACAUAGAAGAAGAAUCGACUAUUAAAUAUUCUUGGCAAGAUGAAUUUUUGCGGGGCACACAAAGAAGAAAAGAUGAUAGCAUGAGCUCACCAGAACAAACGUAUCAGGUGAUGGGAGAGGAAGCAAGUGCCUAUGUUUUAAACGAGGAACAUCCAAAAGGUGAAGCAUCACAUGCAGAAUCCAUUGUUAUUGAAAAAGAGAUUAAAAUACCACAUGAAUUUCAGGCCUCAAUAAAGGGGCUUUUAUUGAAGGAAACCAAGGACCCUAAACAACAGUUGAAAGAGGCAUUGGAACAACUGGAGGGGAGUCUUCCAGAAAGCGUGAAAGAGGAACUAGCUGUAUUAACGAAAGAAAAUCAUGCUGACUCCAGUAGCUUGGCAGUUGACAUCAAAAAAGUUGAGCAAACUAACGAAGAUGGUUUGGUGACAAUUGUGGCUGAAGUCAAUCUGUCCCAGACCCUUGACACUGAUCAGUUUGAUAUUGCACAGCUUGGUGGCAUCAUCACAAGUGAGAUUGAGAAGGUGUCUCUGAAGUCCCCAAAACAAGAGGGCUUUGAUGAACGUAACGACCCAGAGUUGGACAGACAGACUGAUGGUAAAAGCAGCAUAGAAACAGACAUUUCUCCAUCAAGUAAUAAAUCCACUCGUUGGGCUAGCCAAGGGGUUUACAGCUCAUCCAGUGUAAGAAGCAAGGAUGGCAUGGAAUAUCAUUCCACUGAACAAGUUAUUCGUGAAGGUCCAGUUUCAGAAGCUGUAAAAUUUGGUAAUGCAGAAGAAGUCUCUCAGUCACAGUUAUCAACUGAUAUUAACAAAUCUAUCAGGCAUAUUAAAAUAGGUCCAACAGAAAUUCGGAGAACUGAGCAGGUCAUAUAUGAAGGGCCCAUUUCUGAAACUUUGGAACUCGGUGGUAGGGGAGACCUUGUUCAGACAAAAGGAUCAUUGGAUACUGGUAGAUCUGUGAAGCUUUUCAAAAUGGGUCCUAAGGAAAUUCAAACCACAGAAGAAAUCAUUUAUAAAGGGCCUGUUACUAAAACUGUAGCGGUAGAUGAACCUGAAAAUCUUGCUCAGCCACAGUUUUCAGCUGAUAUUAAUAGGUCCAUGAGGCAUAUCACAUUAGGUUCACAGCAAAUUACCGAAGAUAUCAUUUUCAAAGGGCCCAUUUCAGACUCUUUAGAGCUCAGUAGCUCAGGGGAUCUCUCUCAUACAGAAGGAUCAACGGAUACCAACAGAUCAGUAAGGCAUAUUAGAUUAAGUCCAAAAGAAAUUCACACAGAACAAGUAAUAUUUGAAGGGCCCAUUUCUGGAAAUGUGGAGCUCAGUGGCACAGAAGAUCUUUCUCAGACAGGAAGUUCAAUAAGGCACAUUAAAUUAGGACAAAAAGAGGUUCAUUCAGCUGAGAAAAUCACAUACGAAGGGCUUCUUUCUGAAAAAGCAGAGCUUGGCAAUAUGGGAGACAGCUCUCAGAUGGAGCAUAGGUCAGAUACUAAUGCAUCUAUCAGGCAUAUUAAAUUAGGUCCCAAAGAAUUUAUGACAACUGAGCAAAUCAUCUACAAGGGGCCCAUUUCUGAACAUCUGGAGUUCAGUGAAUCAGGAGACAGUUUUCAUUCAGAAGGUUCAAUAAAGCAUAUUACAUUAGGUCAAAAGGAAAUUAAAACUACUGAACAAGUCGUAUAUCAAGGCUCCAUUUCUAAAUCUCCAGAGAUCAGUAGUGCAGGAGGAAGUCUUUCAGAGAGUGAAGGAAACUCAGAUAUCAAUAGAUCCAUCAGGCUCAUUAAAUUGAGUCCCACAGAAACUCAUACAGAGCAAAUCAUCUUUAAAGGACCCAUUUCUGAAACAAUGGGUGAUCAUUUUCAGACAGAAGGGUCAUCAGAGAGCAGCCGAUCUAUAAGGCAUAUUAAAUUAGGACCCCAGGAAACAUCUUUUACUUUUCAAAUGGAUGUAACUAAUGUGGCGGGAGUGCCUGUGGUGGAAGGGAAAACACAAGCAGCUACAGUCACUGUAUCAAAUAGAAAGGAGCCUGAUGUUAGACAGUCACAGGUUGUGGUUGAAAGUGACCAGAAGGACACUGACCGUGAAAGUACCAAAGAAGCAAGUGUUUUUCCUGAUGCUUCCCAGGCUCAUGGUGAACAAGUAACAGAGAAGUCAGCAUUUGAAAAAAGUGUACAACUGCAAAGACUUGUAGACCAAAGGUCAGUGAUUUCUGAUGAAAAGAAAAUUGCCCUUGUGUAUCUAGACAAAGAAGAAGAGGGGGAAGAAGAUAAUGAUGGAGACUGGUUCUGAAAGGACAUUUUAAUAUAACCUUGCUUAUCAGCUUGUUUAUCACAGAGAUUUUUGACUGCCGUCUUUUUAAAAGGAACUGUCCCACUACUACACCAACAUUGGACUGACAAUUUUAAAUCCAAGCCUCAGUAUAUUCACCAUCCUUUCCCCUAAUUUGUGAAAGCUCUUUAAGGGAGAGCUCCCUCUAUUGCAAAUUCUUUUUUCACUGACCUGUUUCCAGUUUCUUCAAGUUUCUUCAGUCUCCAGGACAGGAAGUUUCUGCUGGAGAUUUUUCAGGAUCUAUUUUUUUUUUUUUUUUUUUUUAUAUUGAGCUAAUCCACAAGUGAGAGUCUGACCUGGAUUUUUCUAUCAACUUUUGAACCCUGUGUUGUACUGGGAUACUUAAUUCAGCAUUUCUGUUUAGAUUUCAAAGUAUUAACCACAGGCAAAAUGAGUAACAAUAACUAUUAGAAGAGUAUUAGAUUAAGGCAUGCAGGCAAUUGAUUUUAAGUUCCAUGCUCAUGUGCAAUAAAUAAUAGUAAAAUCUUAGGAAAAAUGAAAUAAUUACAACUAUGAAGUCAAACUCUUUCUAAGCAAACCAUGCAUAGCAAAAAUUUAUGGAAACCUUUGUCACCUUUAUAGUUAGAACCAGAUACUAAAAAGAAAAGCAGUAAGACUACAUCAGUCAUAUUGUUUUCAGGAAAAUGUUUGGUUUGCCUUUACAAAGCGUAAUGUUUUUAAUAUUUUUAAAGAGAAUCAGUAGGCAAAUGGAUGAAAACCAUAGGCUAAAUCCUAGUUACAUUGAAAUCAGUGGUAAAAUCCCUCCAACUUCAAUGACUCUAAAUCAGGGAUCGGUAACCUUUGGCACCUGGCCCGUC